AUGCCUGGACAGAGAAGGGGGCGUGGACACAAGGGUGGAAGGAGCGGAUCAAGAAGAAUUCGUAAGCCCAACGGAACGAUUGGAGAGCAUGAAGAGAUAGGGAAUGAUUCAGAGAUAGAGCUGCAGGAUGAUCCAGUCGGAUUCUUCACCAAAAAUGUUAAAUUUGAUCUACAUUUUAAAGAACAAACGGAAAACUGGUCUCUCUACUGUGCUGCAAUACGAACGAUGGAAAAGUGGAAAGUUGAGGUCCCACAACAUUCUAAAGUCAAGGCGUUGGCUGCUGCCUGGGCGCGCGGGGACCACGAGUUGGCAGAGACACUUUUACAAAGAAAAAACCUGUUCGGUGUUGUGGAGGUGUCAAAAGCAGUCGUUUUAUUGGACUCGGGCAGACAAGCAAGAGCGUUUGAAAAGAAACACAAGAGACUUCAAAUUCAGAAAAAUAAUGUGAAACCGAGCACGAUGGGAAAACUGAAAUCCGACAUAGACAACUUGAUGAAAAUGAAACCCUCGACUGGAUCAGCUAGUGGCGCGGUAUGUAAGCACGUGAAGCGUUGGACACGCACCUUAACUAAACAGGAGUUGGAAUUCUUUGCUCUCCACUUUCCUGUUGAUCUUUGGAAAAGGCUGGCUGACAUAUGUCAUUUUCAUCCAACCAAGGAUUUUUCUGUUCCGUGGUUUUUACCUUUCUGUUUUGGAGAGUCCCCACCAGAGGAUAGUCUAGUGUUCAAGUCUCGGAGCAUCACACAGAGCAACAUUAAUGAAAUACUACAGGAUCAUAAUAUCCCGUACACCAAAGUUAGAUCAUUUAUUGCCCACUUGACAGACGAAAUAAAAGGAAAAAUAGCACAACGCGAGGAAAAAAUGGAUACAAUUUUAUGGUAUUACGAGGAACUGAAAUGUCCACAGGUAGACAGGGAAUUAGAUAGCCGUCUGAAGAAAGGAGAUCCAGUCACUCUGGCGCUUGGAAAGCUCCUCGAACGUAUUCUUAUGUGUCGGCUAUUACAGGCAGGUGAACCACAAAACCCAGAGGAGGAGUAUGAGCAAAUGAGGCGGAUUUUGCAGUCCUGGGAUUGGGAAGGCCUACCAGAGGGCCCAGGGGAAAUAAUGUAUACACCCAACCCAGACAUUGCAACAUUUUCAACAAAGCUUUCAGAUAUUGCUCAGGAACGUCUUGCAAAUAUAAGGCUUUCCUUGGACUCGCCGGUUGUCAUACUCGGGGACAAGUCCGGGUCAAUGGAUGUAGCCAUCCGCACCAGUUCUAUCAUCGCCGGUAUCCUCGCCGUCAUUACAUCUGCUAAAUUAGUCUUCUUCGAUGACGAAAGUCAUGCCGCUCCAUACGUUCCUAGCACAGUUCAAGAAGUUAGCAAUCUAGCUAUGGAGGUAAAGGCUGGGGGAGGCACGUGCCCGGCAGCGGCAUUACUUCCGUUUUUUCAGAGGAAGGAAGUGGUGAAGACUUUUGUGAUUGUCACAGACGAGGAAGAAGUUGAAAAGGAACAAACUACCAAUAUGCAUUUUGCGGAGAUGUUUAAAAAGUAUCACGAUGAAGUUUAUCCCGCUAGACUUCUCUUCGUGUCAUUUCUGCCUAAGAACAGUGGAAGUGAAAUGGUCGGACCUCUUCAAAAUCUGGGCUUCUCUCCUAUACAGUUUAAAUUUGACGGAUAUAGACCAGACUUAACAAAGUUGGACAAUCUAUUUGCGCUGCAAUCAACACACAGUGCUAGUUUUAAGGAUGAUGUUGAUAAGCUCGACAAAAGAAUAGAAUCUAAAGGGAUAGCUGCUCUAUUUCAGGAUGAUGAAUUAGAGCUAUGUCAAGCGUAGUAUAGGAUUUCAUUACAUAGAAUGUGAUCAAUGGCAAGAAAAUUGACAAAAAAUGUUGAUGGAACAAGUCUUUCAUCUUGAAUAGCCAGAGAAUUUCAAGUUGUUGAAAAUAUCAGGUCCGUAGCAACCUCCCAAAAAAUCUGACAAGCAAAAUAAUAUUUAAAAAUAAAAUUUAAAAAAAAAACUGCUAAA